AUGUUUAAGUCUGUUGUUUAUUCAAUUUUAGCCGCUUCCUUGGCUAAUGCAGGUACCAUUCCCUUAGGGAAAUUAGCCGAUGUGGAGAAGAUUGGUACCCAAAAGGAUAUUUUCCCAUAUUUGGGUGGUGCCGGGCCAUACUACUCCUUCCCCGGCGACUAUGGUAUUUCUCGUGACUUGCCUGAGGGUUGUGAAAUGAAACAAGUGCAAAUGGUUGGUAGACAUGGUGAAAGAUACCCUACUGUUAGUUUGGCUAAGACUAUCAGAAGCACCUGGUAUAAGUUGAGCAACUACACCCGUCAAUUCAACGGCUCAUUGUCAUUUUUGAACGAUGAUUACGAGUUUUUCAUCCGUAAUGAUGAUGAUUUGGAAAUGGAAACCACGUUCGCCAACUCGGACGAUGUUUUGAACCCAUACACUGGUGAGAUGAACGCCAAGAGACAUGCUCGUGAUUUCUUGGCUCAAUACGGUUACAUGGUCGAAAAUCAAACCAGUUUCGCCGUUUUCACUUCGAAUUCUAAGAGAUGUCAUGACACCGCCCAGUAUUUCAUUGACGGUUUAGGUGACCAAUUCAACAUCUCCUUGCAGACUAUCAGUGAAGCUGAGUCCUCCGGUGCCAACACUUUAAGUGCUUGUAACUCAUGUCCAGCCUGGGACUACGAUGUCAACGAUGACAUCGUGGACGAAUACGACACUACCUAUUUGGAUGACAUUGCUAAAAGAUUAAACAAGGAAAACAAGGGUUUGAACUUAACCUCAACGGACGCCAGCACUUUGUUCUCGUGGUGUGCAUUUGAAUUGAACGCUAAAGGUUACAGUGAUGUCUGUGAUAUCUUCACCAAAGACGAAUUAGUCCAUUACUCCUACUACCAGGACUUGAACACCUUUUACCAUGAGGGUCCAGGUUAUGAUAUUAUAAAAUCCGUCGGUUCCAACUUGUUUAACGCCUCAGUCAAGUUGUUAAAGCAAAGUGAAAUCCAAGACCAAAAGGUUUGGUUGAGUUUCACCCACGAUACCGAUAUUUUGAACUACUUGACCACCGCUGGUAUAAUUGACGACAAGAACAACUUGACAGCCGAAUAUGUUCCAUUUAUGGGCAACACUUUCCACAGAUCCUGGUACGUUCCUCAAGGUGCUCGUGUUUACACUGAAAAAUUCCAGUGCUCUAACGAAACCUAUGUUAGAUACGCCAUCAACGAUGCUGUCGUUCCAAUUGAAACCUGUUCCACUGGUCCAGGGUUCUCUUGUGAAAUCAACGAUUUCUACGACUAUGCUGAAAAGAGAGUAGCCGGUACUGAUUUCCUAAAGGUCUGUAACGUUAGCAGCGUCAGUAACUCCACUGAGUUGACCUUUUUCUGGGACUGGAACACCACUCAUUACAACGCCAGUCUAUUAAGACAAUAG